GUGCUAGCGGGAGCAAGGCACCCGUCUUCUUGCCUACUAGUACCGCUUACCCUCUGCACCCCAUGGCUGCACCCGCCGCGGCCAACCGCCCCUACUGGCAUCCCGCCGCCGCCGUGGCAGCAGCGCCCAACAAGCGCCACCGCACGGCGGCGGCGGUGGCGGCGCCCAUGGACGACGACGUCGACGUCGCUGCCGCGGCUCAGUCCCAGCAGCAGCCCCUGCUCCCUGGGUUGCCGGACCACCUGGCCCAGCUCUGCCUGUCGCCGCUCCCGCCGCGGCUCAUGCACGCCGUCUGCCGCCCCUGGCGCCGCCUCCUCUACUCGCCGUCCUUCCCACCGUUCCCCUCGCUCUACGCGGUCCUCGAUGAUGCCGACGGCGAUGGCGUCUCCUUCUCGGCCUACGACACCGUGGCAGGGCGCUGGGACGAGCUGCCCCCGCCGCCGAUGCCGUCGCCGCCGCCCAAGCUCUGGCACCCAUCGUUCCUCUCCCGCCGGCUGCCGCUCCAGUCCGUGGCCGCCGCGGGGCGCCUCGUCGUCGUCGCGGGCUCCACGCAGUCGCUCAGCCCGGCGCUGUCCCGCCCCGUCGUGUUCGACCCGGCCGCGCCCACGCCGCGGUGGCAGCUCGGCCCUCGUUUCCCUUUCGCGCCGCGCAGGUGGUGCGCGGCGGGGGCGGUGCGCGGGCGCGUGUUCCUCGCGGGAGGCGUGGGCGCCGGGUACGACGCGGUCGACGCUCGCUCCGGCGCGGUGUGGGACCCCUCGGCGCCGUCCGCGACGUGGGAGCCGCUCCCGCCGCUGCGGGACGGGCGGUUCAGCCGAGACGCCUCGGAGGCCGUCUGCUCCGGCGGGAAGGUGUGCAUGGUCAGCCUCCGCAGCCGCGGCGCCAAGGAAGGCGCCGUGUUCGACCUGCGCGCCCGCCGGUGGGAGGACAUGCCGCCCGGCAUGCUCGCCGGGUGGAAGGGCCCCGCGGCGGCGUCCUCCUCCGACAGCAGCGGCGAAACGAUCUUCGUGGUGGACGAGGAGCGCGGAGCGCUGAUCGCGUACGACUGGGCCAGCGACCGGUGGAGAACGGUUGCGGAUUCAGAGCGGCUCAAGGGCGCGGCCGAGAUGGCAGCCGGCGGCGGCAGGGUGUGCGUAGUAGCCGAGGGCGGCGAGAAGGUGAUCGUCGUAGACGUGACAACGAAACCGCGGAGAGGAUCGGCGGCGCCGCGCAUGUGGGAGGUGGCGGCGCCGGUCGGGAAGCGGGUGGUGGCCCUGCAAGUGCUGCCUAGGAUGGCACACACGGAGUAGCAGCAGCCAAGCAGAUUCCCGCCACGUCUCGUCUCGAAGCAUGCAUAUGGAUUCGGUACACGUGCAAAUUAAAGCUGUUAGUUUGCCUUCGUAAUCCGACUCUUUUCUGAGAUUUUUUUUUCGUUCUCGCCGAGUUUGAUUCUCGCGUGUUUAAAUUUCUGUGAGAUACUUAAUUAGCACAAAUAAUGAAGAGAUUUGAGCAAGUUUCAAUCAAAACGCCAAAGUUGCGGACCUUUCUGGGCC